AUGAGUCGAUCUAUUGUUCAUCUUCUGGAUCUGCCUAAUGAAGUAUUACUUAUCAUUUUAAGACAAUUGAAUAAUAUUGAUGUUCUUUAUUCAUUAUUGGAUAUAAAUAAUGGACGACUUGACAUUCUUGCACGAGAAAAGACCUUCACUAAUAUUCUCAAUUUUGUACCAGUUUUCAUGAAACGUAUUCUUCUUGCCACCGUCUAUCCAAAUUUAACUGAACUUAAACUCUUCAAUUUCGAACAACAAAUCGUUUUGAAAUAUUUUACAGAUGAAUCAUCACUUCGAUCUGUUUUUCAACAACAAAUUACAAACCUUAUUCUUGUUAAUAAUGAUAAGAGCGAAAAAGGUCGAAAUAGAAUUAUCGAUGGUACUUGUGUUCAAAAUGAUAUUCUUGUUUAUCUGUCACAACUUCAUUCAUUCGCUUUCUAUAUUAGUACUUAUAUUGACAUUCGUGAUUUAUCUCGUGAAGAUAUCCAACAAACAUUAAUAAAUAUCGGACAGCAAGAUGCGACUAGUAUCGUCAGUUAUAUUAGUACAUACACAGUUGCAUGUUCAAUCUUUUCCCUACCUUUUGCAUUUGAUUAUCUUGUAGAUCUUGGCAAUAUAUUUUCAAAUAUUGUAUUCAGUUAUGUUACAUAUUUAGUUGUGCAAGAUAAUGAUGCAUUCAGAUAUGAAUUCUUCGUUCGAAUCGCUCGAUCGUUUCCAUUACUGAAGUAUUUCCGUAUUUUCAAUAUCGAAUCACAGUUAUUAGCUGAUCUUCUUACAUUAUCAACUGACCAUAGUCAAUCAUAUUCAAUGGUUGAAUAUUCGUAUCUUACGUCACUUGAUGUGGCCUAUAGUCAUAAAGAUUAUCUUGAACAAUUUCUAAAUGAAACAAAGGCAUAUGUACCUUGUCUAACCGAAUUGAGAGUAUGUCAUCGUUACUUGAAAAUUGUGACAGAGAACUUUACAAGAGAAGCAACGCGAUGCAAUUGUGCUAAGGUGAAUCAAUUAAUUAUUAUUCAACUAUUGGAUAAUUCAGAAGAUCACUCUCAUUAUUUUCCUUCGUUAUAA